UUUUCAGGGAAAAGAAAAAAAAGGAACCCAAAAAAAAAAAAAUUAAAAAACCCAAAAAAAAAAAAAAAAACUUCCUUGUAGAGAAACAAACCCUAGUGAUUGUAUUGAUUGUUCUCGUUUAUUAUCUAGAUUUCAUCGAUCGAAAACCCUAAUCGACUCCUUUUUAUCCCUAUUCAUCUUUCUUUCGUUCGUUUGUUGUUUUAUUAUUAUAAUAUAUUUUUUUAUUAAUUUAUUGAGACGGCAAUGGCGGCGGCGGCGGCUGCAGCGACGGUUGUUUCUGGACAGGUGGCACAGUCCUCUGCUGUGGCAGUGACGGGUCCGGUGACAGCGGCGGGAUUUGGUAAUGCGUCGCUGUACGUGGGGGAUCUGGAGCCGAGCGUGGACGAAGGGCAGCUUUUUGAGAUUUUUAGCCAAGUGGCUCAGGUCGUCUCCAUUAGGGUUUGCAGGGAUCAGCAUCGGAGGCAGUCCCUUGGCUAUGCCUAUGUGAACUAUACUAAUCCUCAAGAUGCUGCUAAUGCCUUAGAACUUUUGAAUUUCACUCCUGUUAAUGGGAAACCUAUGAGAAUUAUGUAUUCUCAUCGAGAUCCUAGCAUAAGGAAGAGUGGAUAUGCCAAUGUGUUUAUUAAGAACUUGGACACCUCACUCGAUAACAAGAAUUUGCUUGACACUUUUGCUGCCUUUGGGACUGUACUGUCCUGUAAGGUUGCUGUUGAUAACAAUGGUCAGUCAAAAGGUUAUGGUUUUGUGCAAUAUGACAAUGACGAAUCUGCUCAGAAAGCAAUUAAAGAGCUGAAUGGAAUGCUGAUUAACGACAAACAAGUUUAUGUUGGACUAUUUGUGAGAAAACAGGAAAGGGGUCGCUCAAAUGGGUCCCCAAAGUUUACUAAUGUAUUUGUCAAAAAUAUGUCUGAAACAGUCAGUGAUGAGAUCCUUGAGGAAAUUUUUGGCGCUUUUGGAACCAUCACUAGUGCAGUUGUUAUGAGAGAUGCCAAUGGCAACUCUAGAGGCUUUGGUUUUGUUAACUUUCAGAGCUCGGAUGCUGCUGCUGUAGCAGUUGAGAGCUUGAAUGGUAAGAUUCAUGAUGACAAAGCCUGGUUUGUCGGGAGGGCUCAAAGGAAAUCGGAGAGAGAAGCUGAGUUAAGGGCUAAAUUUGAACAAGAAAGAAUCAGUCGAUUUGAAAAGCUUCAAGGUGCUAAUCUUUAUCUUAAAAAUCUUGAAGAUAAUAUGAAUGAUGAAAAGCUGAGGGAGCUAUUCUCUGAGUUUGGAACAAUAACAUCAUGCAAGGUCAUGCUUGAUUCACAAGGGAUAAGCAAGGGCUCUGGCUUUGUUGCCUUUUCCACUCCUGAGGAAGCUACUAAAGCUUUGAAUGAAAUGAAUGGAAAGAUGCUAGGCCGGAAACCUCUGUAUGUGGCUGUUGCCCAGCGGAAGGAAGAGAGAAAGGCUCGUUUGCAGGCCCAUUUUGCUCAAAUUCGAGCACCAGGUGCAAUGGCACCUUUGCCAUCAGGAAUUCCUGGAUUCCAUCAUGCUGCACCAAGACUUGGUCCGCAACAGAUGUAUUUCGGUCAAGGUUCUCCUGGCAUUAUACCCCCUCAGCCUGCUGGUUACGGAUUUCAGCAGCAAAUUUUGCCUGGAAUGCGGCCUGGUGUGGCUCCAAAUUUCAUGAUGCCAUACCACCUUCAGAGGCAAGGGCAACCAGGUCAAAGGAUGGGUGUACGUCGUGGUGGGAACAUCCAACAAGUGCCACAGCAGCAGUUGCUGCAUCAACGCAACUCUAAUCAAGGUGUUAGAUACAUGCAAAAUGCAAGAAAUGGCUUGGAGCCAUCGAUGGUCCCUCAGAGUCUUGUGGGUUCAAUAAUGCCAUUGCCAUUUGAUGGUUCUGUGCCUGCCUCUCCUGUCGAAAUUCACCGACCUGGACCAGUGCCAAUGUCGGCACUUGCAUCUGCUUUGGCUUCAGCUACUCCUGAGAACCAGCGAUUGAUGCUUGGAGAGCAGCUAUAUCCACUGGUGGAGUGCCUUGAACGGGAACAUUCGGCAAAGGUGACUGGAAUGCUGCUGGAGAUGGACCAAACAGAAGUUCUGCAUCUUAUCGAGUCCCCAGAUGCUCUGAAGGCCAAGGUGGCUGAAGCAAUGGAAGUCCUUCACAAAGCUUCUUCCAAGUCUGAUGUUGCUGACCAGCUUGGUUAAUUGGCCCUUGGUGUAUGAACAUUCUUGGCCUUUUUUUACAGGCCUAACUGUUUGUUGGGUUCUUUUUCUAGAACAGUCUCUUUAUCUUAGCUAUUUAUGUGGCAACUACCUCUUGCUAAUUUUUUAGGCCUCCUCCUGACUUGGUUUGGUGUGGAGGACUUUGAAGACACAAGAUUAUUAGGAUUUUCUUUUGGGGAGUUAUGUUUAUCAGUUACAUUUAAGAUUAUAGGAAUUUGAAUUUGGAUUUGGAUUUGG